CAGACAAUUAAAUUUGUUUUAAAGUGAGCCGGCCGAGUAUUUUAGGUAUUGGCACUCACUUUGCCUCGUUCAGAUCCAAAACUGUUGCUUAUUUCUUAGCCAGGCCACACCUCAACAACCUUUUUUCUCUUUUUGGGGAGAGAGAGAUCUCUGGAAGUCAUCAACUUCUUAGCUAUGGCAAAGUCAGAGGCUCGAACGAAGAGCGAUGCUGCACCAGCUUUAGAAGGUGAGUAUGAUGUGUUCCUAAAUUUUAGAGGACAGGACACUCGUCAUAAUUUCACCGACUUCCUCUACAACCGCUUGGUAGAUGCCGGAGUUCAUGUAUUCAGGGACGAAGAAAAACUCCGCAUCGGUCAAAUGAUCGGUGAAAACCUUCUAUAUGCUAUCAACAAUUGCAAACUCUAUGUACCCAUCUUCUCACGAACUUAUGCUUCUAGUAAAUGGUGCCUCCGUGAGCUUGCGCUCAUGGUACACAAUGUGUCUAACUCAGGGGGUCAAAAAAGUAUCCUUCCCAUUUUUUUUGACGUAGAACCUGAGGACGUUAAACUUAAGACUCCACUGUAUAAAGCUGAUUUUGAGAGACACAAGAUGGAGUUUCCUGACGAAGUUGAGGCCUGGAGAACGGCUCUUGAAGAGGUAGAUAAAUUCAAGGGAUGGAACGUGAAAAAGGACCAAAGCCAAGCAGCUAUAGUCAAAUUGGUUGUUGAAAAGGCUUCCGAGAAGCUGAAGAUAAAACAAAAAUUGGUGACUGAACAUUUAGUUGGACUUGAUGAUCGGGUAAAAGCCUUGAUAGAGUUAUUAGAUGUCAACCAUGGUGUUGCGCGGCUCAUUGGAAUUUAUGGAAUGGGUGGCAUCGGUAAAACAACUAUUGCCAAGGUCAUCUUCAAUGAACUAUCUUCCCACUUUGGAAACUGUUGUAGCUUCCUCGAGGGCGUUCGUGAAAGGUUAAUCAAGGAGGGCAUAGUCCAGUUGCAGAAGAAAUUACUAUAUGACAUUGUUGGUUCUGGAUCUGUUGAAAAAAUCGAUGAUAGUGAAGAAGGAAUGAGGAGGAUUGAAGAAAUACUCCGCGAUAAGAAGGUCUUUGUAGUUCUUGAUGAUGUUAAUGAAAGAGAUCACAUCAAGAAACUAAUAGGUAACUCCAAAUUAGAUUCAAGGUCUAGGAUAAUCAUCACAACGAGAGACAUAGAUGUUCUAAAAGUUGAGGGAUUUAAAGGUGAAACUCGACAAUAUGAGAUGCUAGAGAUGGAUGUUGAUCCUGCACUUGAGCUUUUUGGUCGACAUGCCUUUAGUGGAGACUUUCCUUCAGAUGAUUAUCGUCGGCUUUCAAGUGACAUUGUCUCAAGUACGGGAGGGCUUCCUUUGGCCAUUGAAGUGAUAGGUUCAUUGCUUAAUGGGAAAGACCGAGAAAUUUGGGAAGAGACGUUGGACAGAUUAAGAAAAGUACCUGAGCAAAAGAUUCUAGAGAAGCUGAGAAUUAGCUAUGAUGACCUAGAGGAACAUCAUAAACAAAUUUUUCUCGAUAUAGCGUGCUUCUUUGUCGAUAAGAAUAAGACCGAUGCAAUUUACAUGUGGACCGAUUGUCAAUUUUAUCCCAAAGGAGGACUUAAAGUCCUUAUUGAGAGGUGUUUGGUAAAGAUAUUGGACAAUGAUAAGUUCUGGAUGCAUGAUCAACUAAUAGCCCUAGGAAGGCAAAUUGGAAAGCAGAGUAGAUUGCAGAUUGAAGAAGAGGCCCUCCGAAUCGUAAGAGCCCAACAAAGGAAGGAUGAGGUUCAAGCACUUGAGAUAGAUGGACUGGAUGGCUCCAUAGAGAUUACAAAUGAAGACUUCGAAAGGUUACCAAACCUAAGAUUCCUCAAGUUACGCUAUGGAACUUAUGCUGGGGACUUUGCAAGUUGUUGUUCAAAUUUGAGAUGGUUUUCUUGGGAUUGUCCUUGGGAUUUUAUGGCGGACAAGUUGUCUUUGGAUCAUCUUGUUGUUUGUAAACUUAACUGGAUUUACUUCAAGGAUGAUUCAAAAGCAUGGGACUUGAUCAAGAUGACGCGGAAUUUGAAAGUUCUAUCUUUUAUUUGGUGUAACGGCAUCACGAAAAUCCCAGACAUCUCUAAAUGCUCAAGUUUAGAGAGAUUGACUCUUCAAUGCUCCUCUCUUGAGAGAAUUGAAAGCUUCAUUGGAAAUCUACAGUUGUUGAUUGAGUUAAAGAUCGAAGGGUGCAGGGAUUUUACAGAUUUGCCUGAAGAAAUUGGGGCACUAGUGAAGCUUAAGCACUUCUCAUUGGGCGGAUGUAGCAGUUUGAGAGAACUUCCAGGCUCAAUUGGGAAUUUGACCUCAUUGAUAGAGUUAGACUUAUCAGACACGGGGAUAAGGGAACUUCCCAACUCCAUUGGAAAGUUAAAAUCAUUACGCAUCUUGCGUUUUCCAGUAAUAUCAUCAAUUGGUUCUCAGCAGUUACCUAGUGGCAUCUGCACUUUGGUAAAUCUUGAAGAGCUGGAUCUCUCUUGGCAUUACGAAAUGAAAGGUGAAAUUCCUGUUGAAAUUGGAGAAUUGUCAUCUUUAAGAAUUCUAAAUUUAGAAAAAACCCGUAUUUGUGGAAUUCCAAAGACAAUCAAUAAGCUUCAUCACCUCCAAACACUCAAUUUAUCGUAUUGUCAUGAGAUUCAAGAAUUGCCAGAGCUUCCCACAAGUUUGACCCGUCUUCAUCUUGAAUCUAGAUCAUUGCUUUCAGUCCCUAAUCUUUCAAACCUUACUAAUUUGGUUGAACUGCUACUAAGUGAUCGCUCUUGUAGUACAAGCGAAUCAAACCUACUCACCGGAUGCAACGUAAGGUGGAUUGGGAGGUUAUCUAAACUGAAAAUGUUAGAUCUACAUCUGCUAAAGGUCCCUGCACCUCCAGAGUUGUCUUCUCUUUCUCGACUUGAAGAGCUUACUUUGUCUAGCCUAGACCUAGAAACCUUGGUGCAGCUUCCGUCCUCUCUGCUGAAAUUGAAUUUAGAAUAUUUUAGAAUCAAGAGGGCAGAGUUACUUCCCUCCUUGAGGUUGAGAAAUUUGUCAACUUUAGGCUUCUAUUAUGGCGAAGUGGAAGACAUUCCACUCCAUGGACUUCCACUACUGGAGAUCUUAAAGGUUUGGAGUUGUAAACGGCUUAAGAGAUUAUCCAUUCCUUUGGAAUUAACGAAGCUACGGGAUGUGCUUGUGAUUAAUUGUCCAGAGCUAGUUGAGAUUCUAGUUAUGGGUCUUUCGAAAUCAUUGGAAUUAUUGAGCGUUGACGACUGCAUAUCUAUAACAAGAAUAAGGGGGUUAUCAUACUUGACAAACCUGGAGAAAUUGAGGAUCAAAGACUGCUAUAUACUUACUCAUGUUGAGGGCCUUGACGAGCUAGAGUCUCUGAAAUCCUUGGAGGUCUGGAGGUGCCCAUCAUUUAGAAGCUUGAUUGAUGCAUCUUGCACAAAAAUACAAGAUGAUUGCGUCGUCAAUAUAACGUGCUGUGGAGAUUCUAUCAAAGAUUCUAGAUGGGAAAUGUCAUUGAAGCGUUACAGAGAGGAGAUUCUUCUGAAGACAUCAAACAAGAUAAAACAUCCCUUCACAAUCAAAUUCAUCCUUGGAAUAAAGAAGAACAGUGAGGAUGGGUUUGCUGGUGGAAUAAAGAGGAAAAAAGCAAAUGUGAACCCAGGUUCAGUGACAUAUGAAGGAUUGAUAGCUGAUGUCAAAAGUUUCAGCUUUCGUUUGAAGAGAAUAUGGUAUAUUGCUCUUCGUGAAGACUGCGUGUCUCUCAUAGAGGUCAAGAGCGAUGAGCAAGUGAAUGGAAUGGUGCUAAAAGCAUGUAAAAGAGGAUUCAUUUGUUUGUACGUUGAGGGAGAGUUUGAAAAUGAGCCGAGCAAUGUUGAAUGUUCGAAGGCCACGACAAAUAGGAGGCAAAUGAGGGAUGGAAGAAUUGAGCACGAUAGCAGUGUCCAUGGAUGGAAAACGACAAGUAUGAUAAAUAGGAAGAAGGACAAUGAUAUGAUUGGGGAACUUGCCAAUCAAAAUGACAUUCACCGCUCAAGUUGCCAAAGGGGCGAAGGAGUCGAACAUUAUGAGAGAUCCUGCAAAGCUAUAACUCAAGUCGAGGAUCAAAGAAGCCUUUCUUAUCAAGAUGAUAGCGAGGACGAUGAGGACCAUUACAAGGAUGAUGAGGAUGGAUACGGCGAGGACAACGAGGAUGGGUACGAGGGUGAUGAGGACGGAGAGAGCGACGACGACAAGGACGAUUACGAAGAUGAUGAGGACGACGAUGUGCAGGAGGUUCUGCAGUGGCCUCGACUGGUUUAUUCCGUGGAUGACUAUGAUGACAAUGAGGAUGAGGAAGAGAACGACGACGAAGAAGCCAAAGAGGAGGAUGGGGUUGAGUUCGACAUGUCAGGUUUUGAUGAAGUCUCAUACCCUGCAUGUGUGGGUGAAAGCGAAACUGAUGGCACCUCCUCCAUUUUUAAUUAUUUCCGGCCAAAGCCUGGCAAUGCUGAAUGUUUCGAGGUUAUGAGAAAUAGGAGGCAAAUGAGAGACGGAAGGAUUGGACACUAUGGCAGAGUCGAAGGGGGGAAAACGGCAAGUAUGGAAAAUAGGAAGAAGGACAAGGAUGAGAUUGAGAAACUUGCCAGCCCAAGUGAUGCUGCCGCGUCGAGUCGCCAAACAUGCGAAGGAGUUGAACACAAUAAGAGAUCCUGCAAAGUUACAACUGAAGUUGAGGAUCCAAGAGACGUUUCUAUUUCAGAGUCAGGCAAUGUUGAAUGUUUUGAGGCCACAAGAACAAUUGCAGAGAAAGAUUUGCACAGUGUUCAAAAAUAUAUGGAGUUUCGAGGAGAACCUAAAGAUGACGAGAGUGUUAGAGAUGUGACAGUUUCUACAAUAUCAUCAAAUUCCCUAGCAGAUGAUAGAUUUUUCGAGGCCAAAACAGUGUCCGAAGCUUCAAGGUGGUCAGCGGAAGUAGACGAGUUGGAGCGGUUGUUGAAUGCAUAUGUGUAGAUGGAUGAUUGGGGGGGGCAACAAAGGAAGUGUCGGAUGUGGAGAUCCAUAAAGAGACGACAGCUGUACUGAGUGGCUCAAGGGAGAUAAGCCAAGAAAGCAUCGAAGUGCUUCAGUGUUUAGCUGGUUAGAUCUUUUAGUACCUCAUUUGUUGCACGUCAUAAAUCAUCUAGGCUGUCACGUUGCACUGGGCUUGAGGUGAAGCAUUUGUCCUGUGCUUCACAUGUUGGUACUAUUGAUCGUUGGUAUAUUACUGAGCCUCAUCUUUCACAUGUUAUUGGGAGAACGUAUACGGCUAAUCUAGUUAUGCAUUGUGAUGCUGUGAAACUGAUAAUCCUAGUUUUGUUGGGGACAAUAGAUAUUGGGGUGUGUUUCAAAGAAGAUAGUAUGAGUUUGUGACACUU